AAUGAUCCACUGUCUCAUGGGCCACGACCAAAGCGGCACAGCGUCUGUUAUGGUAGUGUACCUUUCUUAUUUACGUUUUUCAUCACAGCAUUGAAUUUUUUCUUUUAAAUCAUCUACUCUUCUAAGCUCAUAUCAUCAUGGUACCUAUGGGCCCAAGUUCGCAAAUUGGCGGUCCACCACUCGGUCAAAGUAUGCAACCAGCCAGAGACCGAGAAAAAUCGUCCAGCAAUGUGAAACCAAAUUACUCAUUGAAAUUUACUUUGGCUGGUCAUACAAAAGCUGUGUCUUCCGUUAAAUUUAGUCCCAACGGUGAAUGGCUUGCCAGUUCAUCUGCUGAUAAGUUAAUUAAAAUUUGGGGCGCUUAUGAUGGCAAAUUUGAAAAGUCUAUUGCUGGACACAAAUUAGGAAUCAGUGAUGUUAGCUGGUCAUCUGAUAGCCGUCUUCUAGUAUCUGCUUCUGAUGAUAAAACAUUAAAAGUUUGGGAAUUAAGCUCGUCAAAAUGCGUCAAGACUCUUAAAGGUCACAGUAACUAUGUUUUUUGCUGUAAUUUUAACCCUCAAUCAAAUUUAAUAGCUUCUGGAUCUUUUGAUGAAAGUGUGCGUAUUUGGGAAGUUAAAAGUGGAAAAUGUUUGAAAACACUACCUGCACAUUCAGAUCCAGUCAGUGCUGUUCAUUUUAAUAGAGAUGGAUCACUUGUAGUAUCUAGUAGUUAUGAUGGUUUAUGUCGUAUUUGGGAUACUGCCAGUGGUCAAUGUUUGAAAACACUAAUUGAUGAUGACAAUCCACCAGUUUCAUUUGUGAAAUUUUCACCAAAUGGUAAAUACAUAUUGGCUGCAACACUAGAUAAUACUCUAAAAUUAUGGGAUUACACAAAAGGAAAAUGUCUAAAAACAUAUGUAGGACACAAAAAUGAGAAAUAUUGUAUAUUUGCAAAUUUUUCUGUAACAGGUGGAAAGUGGAUAGUUUCUGGAUCAGAAGACAAUAUGGUUUAUAUUUGGAAUUUACAGUCGAAAGAAAUAGUACAAAAAUUACAAGGGCAUACCGAUGUAGUCUUGUGUACGUCAUGUCAUCCUACAGCAAAUAUAAUUGCAUCAGCAGCAUUAGAAAAUGAUAAAACUAUAAAACUUUGGAAAAGUGAUACUUAAAGGUUAAUUAAAAGAUAAAAAUAAUUCUUCAUUGCAUAAUGUGUACAAAAGGGAUGGUUAUAUUCUCCUGUCUAUUGUCUUAUUGUAAUUUUAAAAAAUGUAAAAAGAUCUACAGUAAUAGUAAAUGUUUUAUCUAUGUGUUUGGUUUUUUUUUGCUCAAAAUUAUACACUUUUCACAACAAUACAAAUGUACAGUUUUAUUAAUU